AUGUCUUCCCCGUUGAAACACUCUGGAUUCAUGUCUGUCGUGGCUGGCCCCGCGUCAAGCAUCGAUCCCACCGCUCCCAACGGAACCAACAAACCCAAACCCAAGGGCAUCGACAAAGGCAUACUCAGACUCCCGCCCCAAGUCGACGUCCCGACCCGUAAGUCCCCCGCGCCCGCGCCGCUCCUCGCCACGCCCUCCCUUCCCCUCCCGACGCUGACCGCUCUCCCAGUUUGGAAGCUCAACGCCCGCAGCUCCCUCACCCCAUGCUACCCCAAGCUCGAAGACAGCAUGGUCAGCAUCGAAGUCCGCCACCAGAUCGUCCCCGACACGCCGCAGCGCAAGAAGACGGUCCGCUUCGCGCUCGACCAGCUGCAGAUGCCGGAGGCCCCGCGCACCCCCAUGGCCCCACCCACCCCCAAGACGCGCAGCAAGAAGCGCUUGAUCAGUUCCGAAGACCACCCCGGGCUCUCAGAGCUCGAGAUCGGCGCGCUCAGGGCCGCACGCAUCAUGGCCAUGCCCAGCCCCCCCAAGUUCGGCGCCCCUGAAUACGACUCCGACUCGUCUGAGGAAGAGGAGGACGAGAUUAACUUCAUGUCGCGUCGACCCACCAUGAUGAAGCCGCCUAGGGCCUCGGUGCCGCCUGCAGAACGCUCCAGCGGCAAUAUCUUCGCAAGCAACCAACCCCCCAGUGGUUUGCAGUUGUGGCCUGUGGGCUCGUACAAGGCUGCCAUGGCCGCGGAGAGAGCGAAGAAGGCCGAAGAAAAGGCCCAGCGAGACGAGGAGCAGAAACGACGAGAGGAAGUGAACGCGAUGAGGGAGGCAGAGGAGGAGGAGAUGGUGCUGCAGAUGCUCGAUGCGGCACACGAGACGCCCGAAGCACCCACGGAGGCGUUCGCAGAAGCGCCCACGGAAGCGCCCGAAGAUGACCUCGAAGGGACGCCCGAGCACACUCCCAAGCGAUCUAUCGAUGAGCAGAAGGACGAGCCAUUCUCGCCGUUGUCGGAGUAUUCCUGCCCGUCGUCAUUGUCAGAGUAUUCUUGCUCGUCGGCCUCUCCCUCUCUACAGUCUCACCAGCGCGUCGGCGCAUCAUCCGAAAGCCAGCUUGAUCCUGCGCAGCAUUUCCAUGUCACGGAGGAAAACGUCGCGGACGGCGUCAGAGGACACUCGGAGGAAGAAACCAAUGAUACCAAAGACGAAGAAGAAUGGGUCAUCGUCGACACGCCUGAACGCCAGUCUCCGUCGACUGAGGUUUCAAACCAGCCGCGCAAGUCCCCGAUCAUCCCUCAGGUGAUGCAGAGGGUCACACGGUCAAUGUCUAGAGAUAUCCGGGCGAAGAUCCACAGCAUGUCCAGCGGAUCCAAGGACAAGGCGACGACGGCCGGUUCCAAGGCUAGCACAGCAUCGAGGGGGGCAGCAAAGGCGAGACAGGUGUUUACCAAGGUGAAAUCGGAGACGGAGAUGACCAGAACCAGAACCAAGGCCGUCUCCGCCGCCGAGUCGAGGGCGCGGACCAUGCCCACGAUCCCCGAGUCUCCUUCUGUCGCAGAGCCUCAGCCCACCGUCUCGCGCUCGAAGCGCAGCCAACUCAAGAGGCGUUGGGUAGCAGAUGACGUCCAGGAAGUCUCUUCGAAGAAGCGCAAGCUCUCAGGUCAAGCUUCGGCAGCGAAGAAAGCUAAGUUAUCUUUGGCGACGAAAGUUACUGCAGCCGUUCCGCAAGGCCCUGUGACCACCAUGUCUCAAGAAGUCGUCUCAAGCUCGCGUGUCUCUGGCAAGAGGCGUAGGGAUGCCGAUGAAGAAGAGUCUUCGUCUAUUGGAGCGCGUCUGGUGAAGAGGUUGAGGGCAUUAUCUAGGUUCGGUUCGGAUCGAUAUCAAGGCGAAGUCGGGUUCUUCAAAAUCGUGUCUUUCGGUGGCAGUACCUUCGGCCGGGAGGGACCUGUUGUUGGGAGACGGGGUGGCGGGGACACGGCUUCGGCGUGUCCAGGUGAGUGUUCAUCUAUGUACCUAACUUUGUCUUUCCCCGUCAGUAUCUCGACGACGACGACAACGACGACGAUCCGCACGCACGACGACGAUGAUUCACACGCACGCACGACGACGAUACGCACGCAUACACGACUGUUACACACGCACGCACGCACGCACGACGAUACGCACGCACGCAUACACGACCGCUACGCACGACGAUCCGCACGCACGACGAUCCGCACGCACAACGAUCCGCACUCACGCACGACGACGACUACACACCAAGACGGCCAACCGGACCUCUCCCGACUCAGUGAGCGGCGUGCUGUGUCUGGUCCGCACUGCACGUUGUUCCCUGCGCCGGACGAAGCCCGGACGGACGCCCCACAAGCUAAGUGA